CCCUGGAAGAAAGCGUGAUUUUUCGCCAGUGCUUUGGAGCCAGUACUUUGAAUCUAUGGAGGACGUUGUGGUAGAAAAUGAAACUGGCAAGGAUACUUUUCGAAUUUACAAAAGCGGAUUGGAGGGACCUGUCUUACUGCUGUUACACGGUGGAGGCCAUUCCGCUCUUUCCUGGGCUGUAUUUACUUCUGCAAUCAUUAACAGGAUUCAGUGUAGGAUUGUGGCUUUAGAUCUCCGGGGCCAUGGAGAAACAAAAGUUAGGAAUCCUGAAGAUCUGUCUGCAGAAACUAUGUCAAAAGACGUUGGAAACGUGGUUGAAGCUCUGUAUGGGGACCUUCCUCCGCCGAUCAUGCUGAUUGGGCACAGCAUGGGGGGUGCCAUCGCAGUACACACGGCGGUCGCAAAUUUGGUGCCAAGUUUACUGGGUCUGUGCAUGAUCGACGUUGUGGAAGGUACAGCCAUGGACGCGUUGAACAGCAUGCAGAACUUCUUAAGGAGUCGUCCCAAAACAUUCAAGUCACUUGAGAAUGCCAUUGAGUGGAGUGUAAAAAGUGGGCAAAUAAGAAAUCUUGAAUCUGCCAGAGUUUCUAUGGUCGGUCAAGUGAAACAGUGUGAAGGGGCUGCCAGUCCUGAAUGCCCUAAAGCCAUAGUGGAGGGUAUUAUUGAAGAAGAGGAGGAGGAGGAAGAGGAUGAGGAAGGGGGAGGCUCUGUCAACAAAAGGAAGAAAGAAGAUGACACAGAGACAAAGAAGGAGCACUUAUACACAUGGCGAAUUGAACUGGCAAAAACAGAAAAGUACUGGGAUGGCUGGUUCAGGGGUUUAUCUAACCUCUUCCUGAGCUGUCCAACUCCAAAGCUUUUGCUUUUAGCUGGUGUUGACAGGCUGGAUAAAGAUCUAACAAUUGGACAGAUGCAAGGGAAGUUUCAGAUGCAGGUCCUCCCGCAGUGUGGCCAUGCAGUCCAUGAAGAUGCUCCAGACAAGGUUGCUGAAGCUGUUGCGACGUUCCUGAUCCGUCACAGGUUUACAGAGCCCAUCGGUGGAUUCCAGUGUGUGUUUCCUGCUUGUUAAUACCCUGGUGUUCUCCAGCACUGCGUCCUGUUGUAAAUAAACUGCACCAGAGGCCACUGUGAUGUAUCCAUAUCCUUUCAUCUCCAGUUCAGCAGCAGUGAGAAGUUGGUGCGAGAUUUAUCCCCUAGAACUAGUUCUCCAGAACGUGUAAAUGCUUAGGGACUUCCUUGCUGGGAAGCAGCUUGUACUGAAGACCAUGAAAAGCUCUUCAGGCCCUUGGAAGUGGGCUCCUCUCUGCUGCCACAAGGAAAGACCUCCUGAAAUCCCAAGUAGUUGAUCAUACCAAUCUCCGUCGAUUCUCAGGCUUUCUGGGACCCAACGGCAAAGGGGCUGUUGGCAGUCCAGAUCCACCGAGGGCAUUGCAGCAUAGCCAAAGGCUUCAGGAUUUCUCCAUGGAAUCAUCCAAUCGUCUUUGAAGUGCCCCUUAGGUUUGUUUUUUUAUAUACACCUUUCUUUCCCCUAAAGCAGACGAGGAAUCGGCUUCAUUGGGAGCUCAGGUUUCAUCUCACCAAUGCCAGCCUUACGAGUUAAGCUG